AUGCCGACAGACAAAGCUGGGGAGGAUGCUCGAGCAGCUGGUUUGUCAUCCAUGGAUUCCUCUCGGUGGAGAACAUCAGGACCCUUGAUGAAUUCUGGAAGUUAUGCUAAGCAGAAAAGUCCAGUUGUAAAUGACCCUGUAAUUACUAAAGAUUCUAUGUUUAUGGGGCAGUGGGGUGGAUCCUCUUCAAGGCGAGUUGCUGUUUCUAGCAGUCGUGAUGCAUUUGCUGGUAGUGAGGCUAACCCCCAGCGUUCUCGUACAACCGAUGCUAGCCCUGGAGCGUUGCACAAAAUUUCAAGUCAACAACGAAGUCCUGUUGAAUCUGCUGACGCAAAGCGGACAAUGUCUGGGAGAAAUACUUCUCAUGUCAAGGACUACGAAACCGCGCUCAAGGGGAUUGAGGGCCUGCAAUUUGAAAGUGAUUGA